AUGGCAUUAGAGCAUCCCAAGAUCACCGAGCACCCUCUUGACGUCAUUGUACCUCGCCACGAGCCGGCCACACUGAACUGUAAAGCGGAAGGCGUCCCGACACCGACAGUCACCUGGUUCAAGGAUGGUGAACCGAUUAAAGUAGAGCAGGGUUCCCUUAAAAUCCUGCUUCCCGCCGGGGGAUUAUUUUUCCUGAAGGUCGUGCACUCACGUCGCGAAAGCGAUGCCGGCGUUUACUGGUGCGAAGCGAAGAAUGAGCUCGGUGUAGCUAGAAGUCACAACGCAACGCUUCAGGUGUCAGUUCUACGGGAAGAGUUUCGCCUAGAACCACAGAAUACGAGGGUGGCGCAAGGUGAAACGGUACUACUAGAGUGCGGUCCUCCCCGAGGCUAUCCGGAACCAACAGUUUUCUGGCGCAAAAAUGGCCAAACUCUGGACCUUACCAACUCCAAGCGCAUUCGCAUCGUGGACGGUGGCAAUCUGGCCAUACAAGACGCUCGCCAAACGGAUGACGGGCGGUACCAGUGUGUGGCGAAAAAUAUUAUCGGCAUCCGCGAAUCUGCCGUCGCAUUUCUCCGAGUGCAUGUGAAACCAUUCCUUAUACGAGGACCACAGAACCAGACCAUCGUGGCCGGGAACUCGGUUGUGUUUCAGUGCCGGGUCGGUGGUGACCCAUUGCCAGAUGUUCUAUGGAGGCGUUCGGCAUCCGGCGGAAAUAUGCCGCUCGAACGUGUACGAGUGUUGGAAGAUAGAAGUCUACGGAUAGAUGACAUCACCAUCGAAGAUAUGGGCGAGUACAGCUGCGAAGCGGACAAUGCCGUCGGGUCCGUUACUGCAUCUGGCACAUUGGUGGUGCAUUCACAACCAAGCUUCCUGAUACGACCGAAAAAUCAACUAGUCGAGAUGGGAGCAGAGGCACUGUUCGAAUGUCAAGCCACUGGUCAUCCGUACCCGACGGUGUUCUGGUCUGUCGAAGGCAAUCGAACACUUUUGCUCCCGGGCAGCCGCUCCGGCAACAUCGAGGUAACCCAGAAUGCCGACGGAACGAGCGUUCUAUCAAUCGUUCACGUCACUCGCAUCGAUAAUGGAAAGGUGAUUGUGUGUAGCGCCGUGAAUAACGUCGGAAGCGUGAGCACCCGGGUAGUGCUAAGUGCUAACCUUCAGAAUGAUAGACCCCCACCACUGAUACUACAGGGACCGGCCAACCAAACGCUGCCCGUCAAAUCGGUAGCGAUCAUGCCCUGCAAGGCGACUGGCACACCGCCGCCCGUAAUCUCCUGGUACAAGGACGGAAUACCAGUGCUAGCCUCGGCCAAGACGAACAUCUCCGAGACGGGCACUUUGACGAUAGCGGAUCUAAACAAAGUCGAUGACAGCGGACUUUACACCUGUGUCGCCAGCAGCAAGGCAGGCAAGACGACCUGGAGUGCACUGCUUCGCCUCGAAGUGCCCACGAAUCCUAACAUAAAAUUUUACCGGUCACCAGAAGCGUCCACGUUUCCCGGGCCACCGGGGAAACCGCAGGUGACCGAAAUGACCAAUAACUCCGUUACGAUAUCAUGGAUGCGAAGUAGCGCUGUCGGUGCGUCCAGUUUGCUCGGUUAUAUAGUGGAAAUUUUUGGCCGAAACCUAACAGACGGAUGGUUACGAGUGGCCAGCCGAAUCGUCGACAACACCUACACCAAAACGGGGCUCAGCGCUGGGGAAACAUACUACUUCUUGGUGCGGGCUGAAAACUCUCACGGCAUUUCACAGCCCAGCCCACAGUCCGAGCCUAUUCUGCUUGGCAUGAGCGACAGCGGCAGUCAAGGAAUUGACCUGAGCGAGGCUAGGGCUAGUCUACUAUCUGGCGACGUCGUGGAACUUAUCAACGCUACAUCGGUUGAUUCCACUACCAUGAAGUUAACCUGGGAGAUCAUAAACGGAAAAUAUGUAGAAGGGUUCUAUAUCUAUUCGCGAAAUUUGGAACCUGAUCGAACGGAGAACCAGCAUUCGUUCAAAAUGUUAACAGUAUUAAACGCUGGCGCUUCGUCUUGUUCCAUUACGGAUUUAGAGAAAUACGUAAAAUAUGAAUUUUUCAUUGUGCCAUUCUACAAAUCCGUCGAAGGGAAACCGUCCAAUUCUCGCGUUGCAAGAACUCUAGAAGAUGUUCCUUCUGAACCCCCGUAUGGUAUGGAAGCGCUUCUGCUCAACUCCUCUGCAGUGUACCUGAAAUGGAAGCCACCUCCAGUAAUGACACAGAACGGUAUUCUGCUCCAUUACAACAUUAUUGUUCGCGGAGUCGAUAUUAGGUCGAACUAUUCGAAAGUGUUGAGUAAUGUUACGAUAGAUGCAGCUUCAUCAACGCUCCUUCUGGCAAAUCUCACGGAAGGGGUCACGUAUACGGUUAGCAUUGCUGCCGCAACCAGCACUGGAAUGGGCCCGUUCAGUAGUCCUGCCACGCUGCGACUAGAUCCUAUUACGAAGCAGCUCGAUCAAACGUCCCACCGAUUUCCUAUCAAUCAUGACAAUAUGGAUGACAUCCUUACCAAGCCAUGGUUUAUCGCUUUGCUUGGAUCCAUUCUGGUACUAAUGAUGCUCUCCUUCGGUGUAAUGGUGUUUGUGAAGCGAAAGCAUAUGAUAAUGAAGCAAUCGGCUCUUGCAGCGUUGCGAGGACACUCUACCGGCGGAGUAUUGAAAAUACCGAGAAAUGGCCUCUGGAUGGAUUCUUCCGGGAUGGUGUGGAAUCAUCAGUCGGAUAGUGCGAGAGACAAGAACCACAUUCAAGACUACGCACCAGUUUGCACGUCUUCCACGCUUCCGCUCGAGCAGCAGCACCAGCAUCCGGCGAUACACCAUCACAAUAAUCGCAGUCGGUACGUUGAAUACUCGGACUAUCCGGGCGAUUACGCCGAGGUAUCGUCCUUCAACCCCCUGCCACACGGAGUCCUGAACCCAGGCGCCCCGUUAGAGCGGGCACCAAGUGAGUACAGCUCGGCUGGGGCUCAAUCGCCCGCACCUUACGCUACAACCACCUUGAUUGGAAACUCGAGAUUUAUUACUGCUCCGGGAGGUUCGGCCGGUAAUGAUAGUCUCCAUGAACUAUUACCGCCAUCAGCAGCAUCAGAAGCCUGUAAUUUGUAUUACAACGCGGAAACAUACUCAUGUGCUCCGAUAGCACGCGCACCGUCGGACACGGGCAGCGUAGACUACGGUCGAAACGUUUACUCGGAAUCAUAUUUCAGUCCGAACGAGAAAAUCAAUAUCAUCGAGAAUAAGCUGGCGUCCCAUGCCGUGGAUACGCUACCCGGUGUAAACGCACCCAUGAAUGUUGGCUAUCAUCACCUCGUGCCCAGUCAGAACGGCAGCUCGAACGGACAAAGUGCGGCCAGCAGUGCCAGCAGCGGAAGCAGUGGAAGCAGUAACAGUACCAGCGGUGCCGGUGGAGCGGUCACUCGGUCUCCCGGCUCUACCGCCUCGGUCCAACCGACACACGGUGCGGGGGCACUGAAGAAUGGCCACAAUAAAAAUCGCUUUAAACUACCCCGCAUGCAGACGUACCAGUUGCGGUCCGGUACGAGGCAAGACCCAACGGCUAUCAGCGACUCAGAUGGUAAUCAGAUGGGCCAGCACCAGCGGAAGAAAAUAUCUUCGUUGAACAAUUUGGGCCAGAAAGAGCAACUGUAUAUCAAGGUAGGCGACACUGGAAUGCCGGGAUGCACAAACAGUUGGAACCAUUCUACUGCGGGUGCUGCGAUGACCAUGUCGAACCUUUACCAAAACGCGCUCGCAACCUUGCCGUCCAGCAGCGGAGGAAGCGGCGGAGAUUCGAACGUGGUCGUCUACCUGCCAACCGGAAACCGCAGCGUCAUUAGCUAUCGGGUGACCGGUUCCGACUUUGGAAACGACGUUUGAACCUCCAUGCUUUGGCACCACCAAGGAAGGCGGCUGUUUAUUUAUAAUUAUUUAUUCGCAGACCCUUUGCCAGGGCAGCUGACUGACGAUAAACUUAGUCCCAGUGCCGUAAGUGGCACCGUUCCUAGCGUAGUUUGUAAGGAGUUGCUGCUUGACUGUAAAUAUAAGUAGGAUAAACAAAUUACGACAUAAGCACGGUCUGCUUCCAAUGCUCAAUCUCCCAAAACCCGGUAUUUUGUCAAAUGUAAAAGCGAACAAGCGCAACAAAACCAAACAAUGUACAACCAAGACUGAUCCUUAUGCUUCUAACGUGUGUGAACUCAAUGCGCGGUAGUGAGGGGGACUAUAUAGUACACUACAUGG